AUGCCUCCUUUUCGCAAUCUUCUCGGUCGGAAGGCCCAGCCCAAUGGCCUCGAGUCCGAUGGUUUCGACGAGGCCCAUUUAUCGCCAAACGGCCGCCCGGGGCCCGCUCCCAUUACUAUGCGCCGGAGUUGUGAUGGCGAACAGCCUCCCGAGUACAAAUUGAGUGUGGUGAACGAUAGUGGCGUUUACCUUCCGCCCUCACCCCCUGAGAAACAAAGCUUCUGGCACCGAUACCCCGGCUCAUCGCGAUCGACAAACCAUCGUGAUCUUGUCGACGAGAAUGAACCAUUCUCCAUAUCCCGCGAAUCAUUCGAUUCCUACCGCCGGUCAUUUGACAUCUCUGCGCGGUCCCCAGUGAUACACGCCGAAGCCGCGCCCUCCCGGACAUCCCUAGACUCCCGCUUCUGCCGCAUCAACUCCCCGUCCAUGCGAUCCACCAGUUUCGAACGGCCCGAACGCAUGGAAGAGGAAGCCUUCGAGGAUGUUGGUCUCAACGACGAUGCCAAGCCCAAGAAAAAGGGUAUUUUCGCACGAUUUGGCGAUUCAUCUAACGACACCCAACAACCAGCGAACAAGUCGUCAACAUCUUUCGGGUUCCACAUCCCCGGCAGGAAGCGUGGACAGAGUGGGGUUGGAUCGGAGUUGAGCGCCGUCAAGACACCAACGACUACUGUAGCGCCCGCCCUUGAAAAUGGGGAAUAA